AGUUAUCGCAACGUAUUGACUCUCGAACACUCCGAACCUCACAUUAGAGACCAAAGAUGCUGAUCUCACUGACCGUCGGCAAGGUCGAUGCAGGCGUCGCCGUCCUCCUAACUCAGGACAAAAGACUUAUUGAAUUUCCCUCGAUUCUCCUCCCUCCUAAUAUCUCCUCGGGCAGUAUAGUCGAUAUUACUGUCGCCCGCAACGUCGCCUCCGAGCAGAAAUCCCAAGCUGCUUUCCACGCUCUCCAAGAUGCCAUCUACUCCUCGUUUGGUGAAAGCGAACCUGCUGCGCCAGUCCUCCGAUGCAGAAAUGCGACCCAAACAUCUGUAGUCCUCGAAUGGGACCCAAUUGAAACGGCAACUGCAGAAUGUAUAUCACUGUCCCUUUUCCGCAACGGGCAGAAGGCGGGCAAUAUUCCAAGACCAACACAAAUGCAGAGCACGAAGAUCAGUGGCUUGGCAGUUGAUACGGAAUACACAUUUCACUUGGUGUUGAGAACGAGUGCCGGUACAUACAGCAGUGAGAAGGUGGUUGUCAAGACGCACAAGAUGACGGAUCUGAGUGGUAUCACAGUCACGCCUGGUAUCUUGCCUUCGCAACUCAAAGAGAGUCUCACGAAGGCAAUUGAGAGAAUAGGAGCAAAGAUUGCACCUUCAGUCAGGAUUGACACUACACAUUUCGUCACCACAGAAGGAAGAGGCAUAGACUGGGAGAAGGCCGUCGAGAUGAAUAUUCCAGUCGUAAGACCAGAAUGGGUUGAAGGCUGUGAGCGAGGUGGACGGAUCGUGGGAGUCAGACAAUAUUAUCUUGAUGCUGAUCCGAGACAACGUCAAAUUGCACAAGCCGAAAUCCCACAACAGGCACCACCAACUGAACAACCAAAAUCGCCUCCCACCAGUCCUCCGGCCAAUGGACAAACGAAUGGUUCGAGUCAAGCAAUUCCUCCCACGCCACCAGCCAAGGAUGUCCCUAACCAGGAGGAGGAGGACAGCGAAGAGGAGGGAGAUGAGGAAGAGGAAAAAGAAAAGACAGCUAUUCCAGACGAGCAGAAAGUCAGAGUUGAAGACAGAGAUCAGCACAAGGUAGCACUUCGGCCAGCAGCACCUGCAUCUGAAGACUCAGACGAACCAGACGAGCCAGAAGAAAAGGGGAGGGAAACUGCCGAAGAAGGAAAUGGGUCUGGUUCUCAGACACCUGGUCAUUCGAGUUUCCAAGACGUUGCUCUAUAAUUGCGUGUUUUGCUACAAUAUACCUAAGUUCUGCCUUCGAUCGCUGCAUUACAUUCUAGACGGCAUGGUGUCUGGCUUGCCUUGUAGUUAUACUAUGUUGUGUGUGUAAAUGACAAUAGUGUCAGCGUUGG